GGAACAGUUAAAAGAGAAACUAAUGUGUCCAUGACGGAAAAAGAUUACAAAAAAUAAGAGAAAGAAAUGGAUUAGAACGCAUGAAGUUCAAAUAUUUAUUUGAAAGAUGUUGUUACCGACCAAGUUUAAAGAUGAAGACAGACACUAUCAUCUACAGUAUAUAUUUUUGAUGACCCUCCUGACCGGUGUUCAUUGUGAACCGUAUUGCAAAGAUUAUGGAGAAGGGCUAAUAACAACAAAUGAAGGAAGCGUGACUCUGCAAGUUAAAGUAAUCGAAGAAAUAGUAGAAAUCCACUGGAUUAGAUGGGAAAACCAAAAUGUUUUCUUCCAUAUCGUAAACUUUUGCAAAUUUGAGAAAUGUUGUUGUCAGAUUCACCCGAAAGAUUGCUGCAGAAUGGAGAACAAAACUUAUGAAAACAAACUCUGCUCCUGUCAUAUAUCUUCACUGAGCUCUUCAAUCACCUUCUGCAAUGUAACCAGUAAAGACGAAGGAUCGAUCCUUGCCGAUAUUAUUACCAAAAACAAUAAAAGCAGGUGUAAAUUUGAUCUUCAUAUUCCUGGAGAAAAUGAUGAACGAACUGAACCUCAAGACCACACAAUACAUAUAGCAGUUAUAAUAACCGUCGUUAUCAUUGCCAUCAUUUUCAUAAUUGGUGGAGUAGUAGUAUUCAUCAAAUUCAGGGGCGUGAUAGGAACACUGAUUUCCAACAAUGCCCCACAUCGUCAGGCGGAAUUGAAAUUGCAGGUCCUGGGUGAAGACAUUGAACAAAGCAGCCCUCACCGAAUGAGCCCUGGUGUAAAAGCUGGAAAUAACAAGUCUAACAGCAUCGUAAACCUUUUUCGUCUUCCAUCUCCACGUAUUCUAUGUACAGCUGAAGCUAAAUUUUGGGAUGAGAAAAUUAAGGUUGCCCAACUCUGA